UCAGUUCGUUGGAGUCUUUCGUCGCGAAGGCAUCUCGCAGUCGUCUCGAUUUCUGUGUCUCGUCGGGCAUCCUUUCUGGAUCACUCAGUGUGCGAAGGCGUGCGUGGUGGAAAGUCAAGUGACAGUUGGGAAAAGUUGCUGGACAAUUUGCUGGGCGAGAGAGUUGUGUGGAAUCCAAGAUUCCCAGUGGAUUGUGAGUGAGUUUUGUGGAGAGGAGUUUCUCAAGCUCGUGACGCCACUCUGUGUCAAUAGAUUUUUAAUAUAUUCAAGAGUUGGUGUUGCCGUGAAAAAAGGAAGGUCUCCCCAUCAGAUUCGCGCACAAGUGAUUGUGUGUUUGCACUGGUGAACGACCAAGUCGCGCACACAUCAAGUGAACCCAUAUGGAGCUGGAAUUAAAGUGAUUUUCUGGGUAGCCUGUUCAGAAGCACAACAGCCAGUGGAUGAGAGUCUGCUAUGGUCGGACAGUUGGAGUAGAAUCCUGGAGAACUGUGUUGUGGCGCGCGUGCUGUAUGACGAUUGACAAUGACAUCGAGCUAUGAGCGGAUCAAGUCGGAGUGCAAAAAGAAAAACCAACUCUGGGAGGAUCCGGACUUUCCGGCAGUGCAGACAUCUGUUUUCUACCAUCAAACGCCACCGUUCACAUUCCAAUGGAAGCGGCCGCAGGAGAUCAUGGCGCAGCCCGUCUUCAUCAACGACUCCAGCACACACUUCGACAUCACGCCCGGAAAGAUGGGUGAUCGAUGGCUCGUCUCGUGCCUGGGCGUGCUCUAUUUGUCCAAGGGACUCUUCUAUCGCGUCGUUCCGGCGGAUCAGAGUUUCGAGUCGCCGUACUUCGGUGUGUUCCGCUUCCGGCUGUGGUGGUGCGGCGAGUGGGUGGAAGUUCUAGUCGAUGAUCGAUUACCAACGAUAAAUGGCAAGCUGGCCUUCCUGCAGGCGCAGAACACCAACAGCUUCUGGCCGGGGCUGCUGGAGAAAGCGUACGCGAAGCUGCACGGCAGCUACGAGGCGCUCAAGUACGGCACGCUCCUGGACGGCCUGGCCGAUCUCACGGGCGGCAUCACCGAGUCCAUCCCCAUCCGGGCAGAGAACGUGCCCAUCCGACCCGCCAUCAUGUACAGCCUCCUGGACACCACGAGCAUCGUGACAUGCACUGUAAAUAGCAGCACCAACACGGCGCAGAUCCGCAACCAGCUGGAGAAGCUGCCCAGCGGCGUGUGCGUGGGCAGCAACUAUCGCCUGUGCUCGCUGGACAAGGCGGAGACGCUCAUGGGCGACUCCGUGCAGCUGGUGCGCCUCCGCGAUCCCAUGUCGCUGGGCAACUUCGGCAACGGCGGCGGCUACAACGGCGACUGGUCGCCGCUGUCCAACUCGUGGGAGCGCGUGUCCGUGCAGGAGCGCGACCGCCUGCUGGGCCAACUGGACGCGGGUGACUUCUGGAUGAGCUUCGCGGACCUCACGCAGAUCUUCACGCACCUGGAGUGCGUGCACCUCGACUCGGACACGGCGCGCGACGAGCCGUCGCUGUCCGACAAGUCGCGCAAGUGGCUGAUGCGGAUGUACCAGGGCGCGUGGCGGAAGGGCGUGACGGCGGGCGGCUGCCGCAACAACCCGGACUCCUUCCAUAUCAAUCCGCAGCUGCAGCUGUUCCUCAACGAGAAGGAGGACGUGAUCAUCUCGCUGAACCAGCACAGCGUGAUGGAGCCCAAAGUGAUCGGAUUCACGCUGUACAAUUUGAGCACGGUGCAGAGCAAGAUCUCAGAGUGCCUCCCAAAGUCCUUCUUCAAGAAACACAAGAGCCUCCAGAACUCACAGUACACCAACUCGCGCCAGAUCAGCCAGCGCUGCUGCCUCGACGCCGGCCGAUACCUCAUCAUGGCCACCACGUUCGAGCCUAUGGAGGAGUCGGCCUUCUCCGUGCGCGUGCUGGGCAUCACCAUUCGCCUGUCGCUGCUGGAGACGCAGACCAUGCUCCUGCUGGAUCCCUUUCCGUCGCUCAACGCCUCGCAGAAGAUUCAGGCUGAUCUCAGUGGCAGCGGAACGGCGCAGUACGAGCCCGUCUUCCUGCAACUCGCUGACGAUCACAAAACCAUCAACUGCUAUGAUCUCCAAGAGCUCCUGGAAGCAUGCCUGCCAAAUGACUACAUCAAGUCCUGCGCGAGCCUCGAUGUUUGUCGUCAAGUUGUGUGUCUCAUGGAUAAGACCAACCGCGGCAGGAUCACCUUCAACGACUUCAAGGUGUUCAUGGUGAAUCUCAAGUCCUGGCAGGGUGUCUUCAAGAUUCACACCAAGGAGAAGUCCGGCAUCCUGCGCGCUGAACGCCUGCGAGACGCUCUCUAUGACGUCGGCUUCCAGCUCUCCACGGAGAUCCUCUCAAUUCUGGUGCUACGCUACAUGCGACGCGACGGAACGUUGCGUCUCGGCGACUACGUGUCUGCUAUUUUACACCUCACAAUGGCAUUCGAGAUCUUCAAAGUCAAGGACCUCAAUCAAGACGGUGUCAUCAAACUCGGUCUGGCGGAGUGGAUAAAGUCCGCCCUAAUGUGUUGAGCCACUCCACGAUCGUGCUCUCUUCUCUA